AAGCAAGCAGAUUAUGGCAAUGUGUUUCACUUUCAUGUUAGCAAUUCCGCUAAGUCUUCUUGUUAGCUUAGCAGCCUCCGAUGACGUUGGUUUCAUCUACAAUGGAUUCCGGUCGGCUAAUCUAAGCCUUGAUGGGAUUGCAGAGUUCACUUCCAAUGGACUCCUAAAGCUUACCAAUGGAACCAGGCCACAAACAGGCCAUGCUUUUUACCCUCACCCUGUAAACUUCAAGAACUCAGCCAACGGUUCCGUUUCUUCCUUCUCUACCACCUUCGUCUUCGCUAUUGCAUCCGCAUACCCAAAUGUCAGCGGUCACGGAAUGGCUUUUGUGAUUUCACCAACCAAGAGUUUCCCCGGAGCUUCUGCAGCCCAAUAUCUCGGACUCUUCAAUGCCUCCAACGAUGGCAACGAUAGAAACCACGUUGUUGCUGUAGAACUCGAUACGGUACAAAAUGCACCGUUCAACGACAUCAAUGAAAAUCAUGUUGGUAUUGAUAUUAAUGGGUUAAAUUCCAGUGCAUCUUUUCCGGCUGGAUAUUACGAGGACGGGAGCCGUCAGUUUAUAAACCUGAGUUUGACAAUAAUGGGCGGGCAAAGGACACAAGUUUGGGUCGAAUAUCAUGGUCUAGAGAAGCGAAUGGAUGUUACUUUAGCUCCGUUUCGUGUUUCUAAACCCAAGACUCCACUUUUAUCCUUCUUUCAUGAUCUUUCUUCAGUUGUUAAGAAUGAGAUGUACGUUGGUUUUUCGUCCUCAACUGGCGUUAUUUUCGCAUUUCACUAUGUUCUGGGUUGGAGCUUUAAGAUGAAUGGGCAGGCGCAAGAGCUUACCUUGUCUCAACUUCCGAUGCUUCCUCGAGCAGGUCCAAACAAAAGACCAAUGCUUUUGACAACAGGGUUGCCUUUGAUUUUAGUGAGUGUAAUUUUGGUAGCAGUUUCAGUUGUAGUUUUUUUCAUAAGGAGGAAGAGGAAGUUUGCUGAAUUUGUUGAAGAUUGGGAGCUUGAGUAUGGCCCUCAUAGAUUCAAGUUUAAAGAUCUAUAUGUUGCUACAAACGGAUUCAAAGACAAGGGGCUAUUGGGAUCUGGUGGAUUUGGAAGAGUCUAUAGAGGAGAUCUUCCAAGCAGUAAACUUGAGGUUGCAGUGAAAAGAGUCUCACACGAAUCGAGACAAGGGAUGAAGGAAUUCAUAGCAGAAAUAGUGAGCCUCGGUCGUCUCCGUCACCGGAAUUUAGUUCAACUCUUGGGAUAUUGCAGGCGUAAAGGUGAGCUACUUUUGAUAUAUGACUACAUGCCCAAUGGAAGUCUAGAUAAGUACUUGUAUGACCAAUCAAACCUCACCCUUAAUUGGAGACAAAGGUUCAAAGUCAUCAAAGGUGUAGCAUCAGGAUUGUUUUACUUACAUGAAGGAUGGGAGCAGGUUGUGAUUCACAGGGAUGUCAAGGCUAGCAAUGUUUUGCUAGAUGGUGAACUAAAUGGAAGAUUGGGAGAUUUUGGGCUUGCUAGAUUAUAUGAUCAUGAAACCGAACCACACACAACUCAUGUUGUAGGCACUCUUGGUUAUCUAGCUCCAGAGCUUACUCGAACAGGGAAAGCCACACCCUAUACCGAUGUGUUUGCUUUCGGGGCAUUUCUGCUUGAAGUUGCCUGUGGAAAAAGACCAAUAUCACACUCUCCAACAGAAGCUUUCAUUUUGGUUGAUUGGGUGUAUUCCUGUUGGAGCAAAGGUGAUAUAAUGGAGGCAAAGGAUCCAAAUUUGGGUUCAGAUUAUGUAGCUGAGGAAGUUGAAUUGGUCUUAAAACUUGGGUUGAUAUGCUCCCACUCGGAGCCUAAAGCAAGGCCAACGAUGCGCCAUGUUGUUCAUAUUGUAGAAGGAGAUAUGCCUUUCCCGGAAAUGUCAUUAUUUAGUAUCUCUUCCCGUGGCCUAACGUUUGCCAAUAGUGAAGGCUUCGAUGAUUUUUCCAUGUGGGAUACAUCUUCCAGUCACAAGGGAUUCUCCCAUUCAUCUUCUGUUGCAGCGUCUGUACUUUCUGGAGGUCGAUGAUUGUAAACUUUUCCCAGUUUAAGCUUUGUGUUUAUGUUAUGAGAUAAUGAACCUUUUUUUGCUACU